UUACAAACACAUGAUCUCUGUACACUUUUUUUAUACAAUUAAUAUAUUUUAUAUAUUUUUACAAUGAGAUUAGCUAAAUUGUUACCAUAUGUCGAUAAAAUUUGUGCAAGAGUAAAUUCUGGUAAAAUAUUUAUAAGGUAUUCCAGUGGUGCUACGGAAAGUGAAUGUGGAAAAAAAAUUGGAGUACAGGGAAAAGAAAAACAGGAUGCAGGACCAGGAGAAGGCAAUGGUGAAGGUAACAAGAGUAGCCUCGUUCUUGGCGUUUACCAGUCCGGCGACAAGUUUGAGCUCACCGCCGCGGCAGCGGAGAUCGACCAGAAAAGUGGCGGCAAACUUUCCAGACAUUUGAAUGAAAUGUCCAGCCAGCUGUCGCUGGGCAAGGCGUUGGUGGUGACAGACGUGGUGCCGCAGCACGGCGCGGUGGCGCUGUCGUCGCUCGGCCCCAAGGACCCGGGCUACAACACGCUGGAGGACUUGGACGAGACCAGGGAGAACGUGCGGGUGAUGGUGGGCGCGGGAGUGAACGCGCUGCGCGGGCGCGGCAGCUCCGCCGUGGCCGUGGACGGCGCCGCGGCCGCGGGCGCCGCUGCCGAGGCUGCGCACCUUGCUGCGUGGAGAUUUGAAGAGUUCAAGUCCGAUCGCCAGCCGACGCCUCGACUGUCGCUGUACGGGCCCGAGGGGCAACAGGCGUGGGCCGAGGGCUCGAUCCUAGGGCGCGCGCAGAACUGGGCGCGGUUCCUGUCCGACAUGCCCGCCAAUAAGAUGACGCCGGUGGAUCUGGCACAGGCGGCGCUGGACGUGCUGUGCCCGCUGGGCGUGCGCGUGGCGGCGCACGAGCACAGCUGGGUGGCGGCGCAGGGCAUGGCGGCGUUCCUGGCCGUGGCGCGCGGCUCGUGCGAGCCGCCGCUGUUCCUGCAGUGCGAGUACCGCGGCGCGGCCGACGCGGCGCCCGUGCUCAUCGCCGCCAAGGGCAUCACCUUCGACAGCGGCGGGCUGUGCCUCAAGCCGCGUGCACAGCUACAGGAGAUGCGCGGAAGUAUGGCGGGCGCGGCCGUCACGCUGGCCGCGCUGCGGGCGCUCGCUGAGCUCAAGGUGGCCAUCAACGUGGUGGCCGUGAUCCCGCUGUGCGAGAACAUGGUGAGCGGCCAGUGCAUGAAGGUGGGCGACGUGGUGCGCGCACUCAACGGCCUCUCGCUGCAGAUCGAGGACACGGACUUGGAGGGGCGGCUGGCGUUGGCCGACGCGCUGGUGUACGGCCAGGCGCAGUUCAAGCCGGCGCUGGUCAUCGACGUGGCUACGCUCACCCUAUCCACGGCCAAAGCCUCCCACCAGAGCCACACGUCCCCGCCAGGUGGCGUGCUGCUGGGCACGGGCGGCGGCGCCUUCGGCUGUUUCAGCAACUCGGAGGGCGCGUGGGCGGCGCUGCGGCGCGCGGGCGCGGCCACGGGCGACCGCGCCUGGCGCUUCCCGCUGUGGGACUACUACCAGCGGCAGAUACGCAACGAUCCCGCGGUGGACUUGAGAAACAAAGGUUCGGGCACCGCCACGCCAUGCAUCGGAGCCGCUUUCCUCAAGAACUUCAUAUGCGGCGACUGGCUGCACCUCGACAUGACGGGCGUGGGGCGCGUGGCGCCGGAGGCGGGCGCGGCGCCCACCUACCUGGCGCCGCGCCGCAUGUCGGGCCGCCCCACGCGCACGCUCGUGGCCUUCCUGGCCGCCGCCGCGGGCCAGGGCGGCGGCGAGCCGGGCCAGUAG